GGGGCGGCGCGGGGCACCGCGGAGUUCCCGCAGUUCGCUCGCUGCUGUGCAGCUGCCGUCGCCGCCUCGGCCCGGCACCCGCCGUCCCGCCCGCUGCGCCGGGAAGGAGACGGGACCAUUUCGGAUCUCAAGCAAACGGCCCCCUCCUAUCUAGUCGUGGCUUUUCCAAACCCUCCGAGGAGCGCGGGAUCUUUCGGUCCUUCCUGUAUUUCCGAUCAUUACAGGAUCUAGAAAUGUCGACGACACUUUUAUCUGCCUUCUACGACAUUGACUUCUUGUGCAAGACGGAGAAGUCCCUGACCAACCUCAGCAGCAUGCUGGACAAGAAGGCCGUGGGGACCCCGGUGGCCCACCCCAGCUCCAGCUUCGCGCCAGGCUUCCUGCGGCGGCACUCGACCAGCAACCUGCCGGCGCUGGCCGGCGGCUCCAAGUUCCCCAGCCCCACCGGCUCCAGCUCUUCCUCCACCUCGUCGUCCUCCUCCUCGUUCGGCAGCCUGAAGGAGACGGGCUCCGGCGGAGGCGGCAGCAGCAGCCCCACACCCCUGCUCAACAAGGAGAACAAGUUCCGGGACCGCUCCUUCAGCGAGAACGGCGAGCGCAGCCAGCACCUCAUGCAGCAGCUCCAGCAGCAGCAGGCGGCGGCCGGCAAGGGGGGCGGCUCCGGCGGCGGCGGCGGGGCCCCCAUCAACUCGACGCGCUACAAGACGGAGCUGUGCCGCCCCUUCGAGGAGAGCGGCGCCUGCAAGUACGGCGAGAAGUGCCAGUUCGCCCACGGCUUCCACGAGCUGCGCAGCCUCACCCGCCACCCCAAGUACAAGACCGAGCUCUGCCGCACCUUCCACACCAUCGGCUUCUGCCCCUACGGCCCGCGCUGCCAUUUCAUCCACAACGCCGACGAGCGCCGCCCGGCGCCCGGCGGGGGCACAGCCGCCCCCCCCAGCGCCGCCGCGGCGGGGCCGCACCACCACCCGCCCCCGCACCCCGCCGGCAGCACCGGCGACCUCCGCGCCUUCGCCCCCCGCGACCACCCGCUGGGCGGCGGCGGCGGCGGCUUCGGGCACCCGCGCGGCGGCGAGCGGCCCAAGCUGCACCACAGCCUGAGCUUCUCCGGCUUCUCCGCCCACCACCACCACCCCCCGCACCCCCACGGCGCCGCCCCGCCGCCGCCCGGCGGCCGCCUGGACGCCCCCCUGCUGGAGAGCCCCGGCGGGUCGCGCACGCCGCCGCCGCCCGCCUCCGCGUCCUACUGCGAGGAGCUGCUCUCGCCGCCCUGCGCCAACAACGCCUUCGCCUUCUCGGGCCAGGAGCUGGGCAGCCUCAUCGCGCCCCUCGCCCUGCACACCCAGAACUUCGCCGCUGCCGCCGCCGCGGCUGCGGCCGCCGCCGCCUAUUACCGCUGCCAGCAGCAGCCGCCGCCCGGCGGGGCCUGCCCGCCGCCCCCCGCCUCGCCGCCCUUCAGCUUCCAGCCCCUCCGCCGCCUCUCCGAGUCGCCCGUGUUCGACGCGCCGCCUAGCCCCCCGGACUCCCUCUCCGACCGGGAGAGCUACCUGAGCGGCUCCCUCAGCUCCGGCUCCCUCAGCGGCUCCGAGUCGCCCAGCCUGGACUCGGGCCGCCGCCUGCCCAUCUUCAGCCGCCUCUCCAUCUCCGACGACUAGGGGGCCGGGGGGCGUCCGGCCGUGCGGCUGCCGAGCAAGUAAGUUAACGAGCGAAGAAAGCGAAUCCUCCUCUUUUUAUACAUCUAUCUAUCUAUAUAUACAUCGAGAGCUGAACAAAACAAGGCAUUUUGCAAAAGGGCAAAUGACACGAACUGAACAAAACUUAUUUUUAUAGAGAGACCUUGGAAGAAGGGGAUUUUGUUUUGGGGUUUUUAUCUUGUUGUUCUUUGGAGACAAGUUAUGAUAUGCACCAGCAGCAGCCAUUCCAUCUGUGUUCAAAAAAAGAGAAAAAAGCAUUAGAAAAGACCACCUGAAAGCAACAAUCAAUCUGGGGAGCGUGUGUCCAGCCUGCCCAGCUCCUCCAAACCUUCAGACACACACAAAGUUACAAGCUAGUUUGUCUUUCAAUCCAGUUUAAGUAAAAACACAGAACAUACUAAACCUAUAAGCUUUUUUUUUUU